AUGAGGAAUCUAUUUGGUGCGUUCAGUUCACUUGGUUCAGCACCUUGGCCAAGUAGCAAGGGUGUACAGAAUGGCAGCAACUCUUCUAAUAAAGGUGGCAAUUCAGAAGAAAGCUGGGACAGUGCACCAUCUGCGCCUAUUGUUGCUUCCGAAGCACACUCUUCCUCCGCCUCUUCCGUGCCGAGCCUCGAUGGACCUCCAAUGCUGUGUAAAGUCUCGGAUGCUCUUGGGGCUGGCGAUAUGCUUCCACCGCUGAUUCGUGUCAGGAGCAGUGGACCGUCUACGGGUCCCAAACGAGCUGUCCUUAACAUGUCCGAGCAGACUGCCAUGAAUGGGGUGGACUCACAGGAUGGUCCGCCUCCCCUGGACCGUGUUUCAACUCAGGGAGCCCAUGGCAAGCCGCGACAAGAAGGUCCACCAGCGGUCGGGUCAUCCAAUGAAGUUUUUGUGGGGAAUUUGAAGGCAGGCAUUACAGAGGAAGAAAUAAGGAGCAUCUUUGCAAAGUAUGGAGUGGUCAACAUUGCCCUGAAAGCGAAAGGCCCGAAGCCCAUAUGCUUUGUGGAGCUGGAAAGUGCAGCAAGUGUUGACCGUGCCGUUCAAGACCUCAAUGGUGCCUCCGCGGGAAAUCAGCAAAAUUUGGCUGUCCGCAAGGCGGAUGGCACAAAGCCGAAACAGAAGCCACAGAAAGCAGAUGCACCUGCUGCCAAGGACCCUUUCAGCAAUGCAAACAAGCUCUUUGUGGCUAACCUUCCAAAGAAUGUUACAAAGGAUGACGUAAGAAAUAUUUUUGACAAGUACGGAGUGCAAGAGACUUUUCUCAUCACAACAAAAGGAGCUCCGUAUGCCUUUGUCACCCUGUCAUCACAGGCUGCCUUCAACAAAGCCUUGCAGGAGAUGCAGGGCUUUACUUUUCAAGAUCACAAACUAUUUAUUGGCCUGCCUUCAAAGAGGGAUGGCAGCAACCAAACCCAACCUUUUCCCAAGACCAACACAGCUCCUGCCAAUGCCCCUGCCGCUGGUAGUAAUAAUCCCGGCCAUUCGUCAGACUCAUCUCCAGUAGUGCUCUGCAUUGCAAACUUUGCACCUGAAACAAAAAUGUGGGAGUGA